AUCUUGGCCAUCAGAUAGAUUGUGUAACCUCCCACAAGGUUAUUGCUAACAUUUUAUUCUUGCUAAGUCCAGACAGACAGCAAAUGACAGUAUCCAGACACACGUACACGGCGCAAAGUGGCAUUCAUAUGAAGGAUUGACAAAUUAUUAUUAAUCAUGAAAUAUAUUCAUUUUACUCUGUUCCUGACCACCCUUUCAUUGGCAGCUGCAUUAACUGGGCCGAAGCUAGUGUCCGGGACCUUGGGAGGAGCCGUUACCAUAAGAUGCCAGUAUCAUGCAUAUUACAAGUGUCAUGUAAAGUACUUGUGCAAGGGUUCUGAUUGGAAAUCCUGCAGUUUUCUGGCCAAUUCUUCAAGCCAUCAUAAAAACAUUGACGAUAGAAUAAUAAUGGUGGACAACAAAACUGCUGGAGAAUUUAUCACUAAAGUGACCCAACUCUCUGCCAAUGACACAGGGAUUUACUGGUGCGGCAUUAUGAAAUUCGGUUUUGACAAGAUGGUUCCAGUACAACUGAACGUUGCAAAAGAUCCAACAACACAACCACCUACGAUACCUCCUGAACCUCAGGAAACAGUUCAUCGGGGAAAUCAAAGUUCCGUAAAUAUAUCCAUUCUUCUGGGAAGCAUAUUUGGAGUUUUGAUUGUUACUGCUGUUUUUGUCAUAAAAUGCAGGAAAUAUUCCGCAGCGGGGAAGAAAGGAAUCAGUCACAAAGAGGAAGAAUAUAAUGCUGUCUGCAAUUCUGUGUCUUCCAGAGAUGACGAAGAAGAUAAAUUAAGUGGCACGACCACGGAUAAAUCCAGCACUCAGACACAAGAAACCUUCCGCGAUAUUCAUCAGACACCAGACCACGAAGAGAAGGAGAAUUUCUCGUGCCAGAAUUGAUCCGUUCUCAACAAUUGGAUUAUAAUCAUAGUGCAUCUGCUUUCAACACUUCAAACCUGUACGUUAACUUUAAUGGGUCCUUUCAACUCAGCUAAUAGCUUCAUUUCUGCAGCCUGGCAUUGAAUCAGAGUCCAUAUGUUAUUUAGUUUUAGUUUUUAAAUUAGGGAUUCAGAGCGGAAACAGGCCCUUCGGUCCACCGAGUCCGCACUGACCAACGAUCACCUGUACACAGGUUCUAUCCUACAGGCUAGGGACAAUUUACGGAAGCCAAUUAACGUGAACAAUGACCAA